UGUGUCGUCCCAAUUAUAAAUCUCGAGAAAAAGGAAAAUUCGAAUUAACCAUCUAGAAAAAUAAGGAACAGUAGUUGUGGGAGUCUGUGAUUUUUGAAUCAGCUAGUAGCAGUAGCUGCUGGUUUGGAUUUUGGUGGGGACUCAUCUGACUGAGACUUUCUCAGGCCAUUUUCUCUUUCAUUUUCUAUCUCUCUGCAAAGAUUAAUGGCGACUGAAGAGGUUAAUAGACCUCCUUCACUCCCUCCUUACCCACAGAUGAUCUUGCAAGCCAUUGAAGCUCUGAACGACAAGAAUGGAUCCAACAAGACCUCCAUAUCUAAAUACAUCGAGUCAAAAUACGGCGACUUGCCGGCCGGCCACACCACCCUUCUCUCCCACCACCUUAACAGAAUGAAGGAAAGCGGCGAACUGGUUUUCUGGAAAAACAACUACACAAAACCCGACCCAGAUGCCCCCCCGAGGCGUGGACGUGGAAGACCUCCGAAACCGAAGGAUCAACUACCGGCGGGGAUUGAUUUAUCGACGACAAGGCCUCGUGGCCGGCCGCCGAAAGAUCCCAAUGCGCCUCCGAAGCCGGUGAAGCCGAAGGUGGCAUCUGGUACGGGGAAACCGAGGGGGAGGCCGAGGAAAAUGCCAAGACCGUCUGGGGGAACUGCGAUGGCCACCGGAGUGGGAAGCGGCCGGCCGAGAGGACGACCGCCGAAGGUGAAAGCUCCGUUGACAGAAGUGAGUGUUGAGAAUUGAGUAAUUAGAGGGUUUGUUGUUGUAAGUUUGUAAUGGUAGUGGGUUGGGUUAGAAAAGUGUGGUGGUGUUGGUAGACUGUGAGUAGUGAAUGUUGUGUGUGUUGGGUGUAGAAUUUGGUGGUGUAGCCGCCAUUGUUGAUGACUUCUUGAGCUUCUUCUUCUUCUUCUUCUUCUUCUUCUUGUUUCUUCUGGUUUGAUUGUAGAGAUGAUUAGUGACUAAUGAUGAUUUGAGUAAUUGAUUUG